CGCGACGCGGGGUGCAGGUUGGCGCGGUGGGGGAGGGUUAGGGUCAGGGUUAGGGCUCGCUCUCCGGUGGUCAGGGCUGCUGUCUGCGGUGGAGGGACCUGGGAGCAAGCUGCGACACCAGUGGCGGGAACCGACGAAGGGUGUUGCCAUGGUGAUGGCGGUGGAAGACAGCGUGGUGCAGGUGAUGGUGCGGCUCCGGCCCCCAACCCCUCGGGAGUUGGAGAGUCAGCAGCGGCCUGUGGUUCAGGUGGUGGGUGAGCAGGUGCUGGUGUUCGACCCUGAGGAGCCCGAUGGGUGCCUCCCGGGCCUGAAAUGGGGUGGCACCCAUGAUGGCCCCAAGAAGAAGGGCAAGGACCUGACAUUUGUCUUUGAUCGAGUAUUUGGUGAGGCGGCUACCCAACAGGACGUGUUCCAACACACCACCCACAGUGUCCUAGACAGCUUCCUCCAGGGCUACAACUGCUCAGUGUUUGCCUAUGGGGCCACCGGGGCUGGAAAGACACACACCAUGCUGGGGAGAGAGGGGGAGCCGGGCAUCAUGUACCUGACCACCAUGGAGCUGUACCGGCGGCUCGAGGCCCGCCAGGAGGAGAAGCGAUUUGAGGUGCUCAUCAGCUACCAGGAGGUGUACAAUGAGCAGAUCCACGACCUUCUGGAGCCCAAGGGGCCCCUUGCCAUCCGUGAGGACCCUGACAAGGGGGUGGUGGUACAAGGACUUUCCUUCCACCAGCCAACCUCAGCUGAGCAGCUGCUGGAAAUGCUGACCAGGGGGAACCGUAACCGCACACAGCACCCCACUGAUGCCAAUGCUACUUCCUCCCGCUCCCAUGCCAUCUUCCAGGUCUUUGUGAAGCAGCAGGACCGGGUCCCAGGUCUGACCCAGGCUCUUCAGGUGGCCAAAAUGAGCCUGAUUGACCUGGCUGGUUCAGAGCGGGCGUCCAGCACCCACGCGAAGGGAGAGCGGCUACGGGAGGGUGCCAACAUCAACCGCUCGCUGCUGGCCCUCAUCAAUGUCCUUAAUGCCCUGGCUGACGCAAAGGGCCGCAAGUCCCAUGUGCCCUACCGGGAUAGCAAACUGACGCGUCUGCUCAAGGACUCCAUCGGGGGCAACUGCCGCACUGUGAUGAUCGCUGCCAUCAGCCCUUCCAGCCUGGCCUAUGAGGACACGUACAACACCCUCAAGUAUGCCGACCGGGCCAAGGAGAUCAAACUCUCGCUGAAGAGCAACGUGAUUAGCCUGGACUGUCACAUCAGCCAGUAUGCCACCAUCUGCCAGCAGCUCCAGGCUGAGGUGGCCACCCUGAGAGAGAAGCUCCGAGUGUAUGAGGUGGGAGCCCGGGCCCCACAACAGGACCUGCCCCAAUCUCCCACACUGGGUCCUCCACAACUCCCUCUUCCUAGCCAACCCUGCACCCUGGAGCUCCACCCAGGGUCUGCAGCCCUUCAAGAGGAGAGCCUGGGGUCAGAGGCUGAGGAAGGGAGAGUGUACAAUGAGCAGAUCCACGACCUUCUGGAGCCCAAGGGGCCCCUUGCCAUCCGUGAGGACCCUGACAAGGGGGUGGUGGUACAAGGACUUUCCUUCCACCAGCCAACCUCAGCUGAGCAGCUGCUGGAAAUGCUGACCAGGGGGAACCGUAACCGCACACAGCACCCCACUGAUGCCAAUGCUACUUCCUCCCGCUCCCAUGCCAUCUUCCAGGUCUUUGUGAAGCAGCAGGACCGGGUCCCAGGUCUGACCCAGGCUCUUCAGGUGGCCAAAAUGAGCCUGAUUGACCUGGCUGGUUCAGAGCGGGCGUCCAGCACCCACGCGAAGGGAGAGCGGCUACGGGAGGGUGCCAACAUCAACCGCUCGCUGCUGGCCCUCAUCAAUGUCCUUAAUGCCCUGGCUGACGCAAAGGGCCGCAAGUCCCAUGUGCCCUACCGGGAUAGCAAACUGACGCGUCUGCUCAAGGACUCCAUCGGGGGCAACUGCCGCACUGUGAUGAUCGCUGCCAUCAGCCCUUCCAGCCUGGCCUAUGAGGACACGUACAACACCCUCAAGUAUGCCGACCGGGCCAAGGAGAUCAAACUCUCGCUGAAGAGCAACGUGAUUAGCCUGGACUGUCACAUCAGCCAGUAUGCCACCAUCUGCCAGCAGCUCCAGGCUGAGGUGGCCACCCUGAGAGAGAAGCUCCGAGUGUAUGAGGUGGGAGCCCGGGCCCCACAACAGGACCUGCCCCAAUCUCCCACACUGGGUCCUCCACAACUCCCUCUUCCUAGCCAACCCUGCACCCUGGAGCUCCACCCAGGGUCUGCAGCCCUUCAAGAGGAGAGCCUGGGGUCAGAGGCUGAGGAAGGGAGAGUCACAGAAGGGAACUCUUCAGACCAGCCACAGUCCCCAGAGGACAAGGACCCGGCAGAGGAGGUGCCAAACCAGGCCUUCAGACGCCCACUGCUAGCGGCCCCUGGCCUGACCCUGCAGCCCAAGCCAGACGUGGGAAGACCCUCACCACAGGCCCUGGGCAGGGACUGUUCCAAGCAGUUGGCCCUGAAGGUGCUAUGCAUGGCCCAGCGGCAGUACUCCCUGCUCCGCGCAGCCAACCUCCUGACCCCCGACAUGAUCACAGAGUUUGAGACUCUGGAGCAGCUGGUGCAAGAAGAGAAAGCUGAGCCUGGAGCAAAGGCCCCAGGCCCUCAUGGACCAGCCGGUGGGGCAUCUCUGGAGCUGUGUUCAGAGUCAAAGUCUCCAGGGUACUCUGGCCCUGUGACCCGGACCAUGGCAAGGCAACUGAGUGGCCUCACGCACCCUCUGGGGGUACCACCUGGGCCUGACUGCACCCCUGCCCAGUCUUCCCGGCAGCCAGCAGAGAAGAGGAGGAGGAGGAGACUGAGCCCCUGGGAACCAGGCAGCCCUCCACCCCCAAAACCAGGGACCAAGCGCCAGCGCCAGUCCUUCUUGCCCUGCCUGAGGAGGGGGUCCCUGCCUGAGGCUCAGCCUUCCUUCCGGCCUACCACCCCCAAAGGGGGAAGGGCCUCCUCCCCCUGCCACUCCCCUCGCUUCUGCCCAGCCACAGUUAUCAAAAGCCGGGUGCCCCUGGGCCCGUCUGCUGUGCAGAACUGCUCUACCCCACUAGCCCUGCCAACUCGGGGCCUCAACACCACCUUCGAUCUCUCUGAGGGGCCCCCCUCAAAGAUGGGUCUCCAUGAGUGCCUCGGCUGGGACAAUGUCCCCCAGGAGCUGACCAGACUGGAUCAGCCCUUCAUCCCCAGAGGACCCGGGCCCCUGUUCACCAUGAAGGGCCCCAAGCCAACAUCUGCUUUCCCUGGGACCUCAGCCCGAAAGAAGAGGCGCAUCGUGAGUUCCUCAGUCUGCUCAUUGGGAGUCGCCCGGGGCCGCAGCCGCAUUGCCCGCCUCCCCAGCAGCACCUUGAAGAAGCCAGCUGGGCCCCUUGCAACCCAGCCCACAGAGCCCCCUUCCAGUCCCCACUGUCCUGGCAACCAGAUGCACCAGAAGGAGCUGAUGGGGGUCGGGGGAGCACUGUCAGCUGGGAGCUGCACCGCCAAGGUGUCUUGACCGCUGCCCCUCUUGGGCCCCGGAGCCACCUGCACCAGGAGCCCUGACCCGACUUCCUCAGCUCAGAGCAAUUAAUGGCAACACCCUCCCUUGUUAACACUCCUCCCCAGCCGUUCAUUCUGCUACUCGCUCUCUUUAUCAAUCUCUUGAUAUGCCCAGCUUCUCAGCAUGUAUAUAUUCAUCUGUGAGUGCUAACAUGUUGCUAUUUUAAAGGAUGCCGCUAUCAUUCUCCCCUGGUUUAUAAUGCCCUCUGUGCGGGCAGGUGGCUGUUUGGGACUUUCUUACCCACCCCAUGUCCGACACAAGGCGCCGCACAAUUACGGCUGCUGCACAGUGGAAGAGGAAUGAGGGUGGGAUGGGGACGUGAUGCGGGUCGCAGCUCUUCCUGACUGAGGCAUCUUCAGCUUCAUCCCGCAGGCCCGAGCAGGAUCCAUGGUCCUAGUGCUGAUACAGAUGAUGGUGCCUGGAUUCCCAAAGGAGCCUAUUGUUUUUAACCUGUUGUAAACACAAUACACACUCUGUGUAGAAGGAAGUGUAAAGAAGACAGGAAAAUUCAGCCUUAAUGCUACCACCUAGACCUGUUAAUACUAGGGUUCAUAUCUUCUGAGCCUUGAUUUCUGCAUAUACACACACACACACACACACACACAUAUAUGUGUGCAUGCAGAUACAGAUAUAUUUUUAUUAUAAUGAUUAAUAAACUAUCUCCAUA